UCGUCCUAUACAAAAAGGGGAGCUCUCCACCAGUCGGUCACCCCACCAAGCUCGUCAGAUCACGCGCCAGCCAGACAGGUGUGGGAUCCCGAUCCGCCGGCCUCCGCGCCGAUCCAGGCGUUCCCUCCUCCUCCUCCUCUCGUAGGCGCGUCCUCGUCGCCCCGACUUGGAUUGAUUGAUUGAUUGGUUUCUUCUAUUCUCGGCUCCAUGGAUAAGCAGGAUCCAGUAGCUGAUGUUGAACAAAAGAUUGUUCUUGCUGAGAAGCCCAAAGAGCAGCCUGUUCCCAGUAAGGAUGAGAAAGCAACUGUGCCCCCACUUUCAGUUGCUUCAAGUGCUAUUGAUCUACCAAGUGAUGGACAAACCCAAGCUGGCACAUCUAACAUAGGUGGCAACCAUAAUGCUGCAUAUCCACACAACUUUUAUGCUUCUCAGGCACAGCCAUUCUAUUACCAAGGUUCAGGAUACGAAAACCCUCCACAUGAAUGGGAUGCCUAUCCUCCUUACGUGAGUGUUGAAGGAUUGGAAGUGGGUCCAACAGUUGUAUACAACGAGGACCCUUCAAUGAUGUUCCAUAAUGGCUAUGGCUAUGACCCAUAUGCUCAUUAUUCUCCUAUUACAACACCUGUACCGGCUGCUGUUAGUGGAGAUGGUCAGCUCUACUCCCCUCAGCAGUUCUCCUUCUCGGCUCCUUACUACCAGCAAUCAGUACCACCUGGCAUGCCAUAUUUAAGCUCUCCUACUCCAAUAUCACAGGGUGAGACAAUGAUGCCGCUUGACCCAACACAAGGAGCUUUUAUCGCUGACACUCUGAGUCCAAACAGCUUCCUUUUUGGUCCAAGACCUGAAUGGUUCAGAUCAUCAGAAGGAAAUGGAUCAUUUCCAUCAUCUGCAGCUUCACCUCAACCUGCUGCUGGUGUUUCAGGGGCCUUUGGCCAAAGCAAUUUUCCAGUGGCUUCUGGAAUGAUGUCACUCCACCAGAAGCCCUUCUAUGGUCUUGGAGCUCCCACUGACUCCUAUGGACGAGGGUUCUCUCAUGGUGGGAUUUUCCCACAGGCCAAUAAUUAUGUGGGUUCCUUCCCUAGCUUUGGACUUAAUGGUAGAAGUUCCAUCUCAAUAGAGAAAGGGCGCAGGAGAGGAAGGGGUAAUGCUCUUAUUUGUAGCUGCAAUGGUUCGCUUGACUUUCUCAAUGAGCAAAGUCGGGGCCCACGUGCUACUAGGCCUAAGAAGCAAUCAGAGGUUGACAGUAAAGAUGAGAAGCCUUCCACAGCAGUUGGUCGUGAGUUAUACAACAGGCCUGACUUUGUCACAGAGUACAAGAACGCCAGAUUUUUCAUCAUAAAAUCAUAUAGCGAAGAUAAUGUGCACAAGAGCAUCAAAUAUGGUGUUUGGGCUAGCACCACAAAUGGAAACAAGAAACUAGACUCAGCCUACCGUGAAGCUAUGGAGAAAGAAGAGCACUAUCCUAUUUUUCUGUUGUUUUCGGUGAAUGCUAGCGCACAAUUCUGUGGUGUUGCAGAGAUGAUUGGACCAGUGGACUUUGCGAAAAGUGUGGAUUAUUGGCAGCAAGAUAAGUGGACCGGUCAGUUCCCUGUUAAGUGGCACAUAGUGAAGGAUGUCCCAAAUAAUCUCUUCCGCCAUAUAAUUCUUGAAAACAAUGACAAUAAACCUGUAACCAACAGCCGGGAUACACAGGAGGUGAAACUGGAACAAGGGCUGGAGAUGCUGAAAAUCCUCAAGAACUAUGACGAUGAUGUGUCAAUCCUUGAUGACUUUGACUUUUAUGAGGAGCGUGAGAAAGCUCUGCUGGAAAAUAAGGCACGCCUGCAUCAGCAACAACCCGCAUCCAGUUCUACUGUUGUCGAGCCCAAGAAACCCUUGACUGUGCCCGCUCACCUAGUGGGCCACAGCACUAAGCGUUUUGCCCAGGUUAUGCGGCUAGGUGAGGCCAAAACCGUAAGCCCUUUGGCUGAGAAAGUUUCUGGGGGCGAUUCAUCUAUUCCUGUGAAGCCUGUGGAAGUUAAGGAGAGUGGUUUGUAGUAGAACCUCUUGAUCGAUGUGAUUGGGCUAGCUGUGCUGAAAAUAUAAUCCAUACGCUUCUUCAUCAAAACGUCGGGGUGCAUAUACAGAUGGCUGUUGCUGCUGAAAACUAAGACAUCGGCAAAGAUGGCUUCUGUCAAGCAUGUACACUAGGAUAGGUCUUUGCCAUCCUUGGAUGGAAGCUUAGUUCCUUGAAUAGUUUCUCUUUCUUUCUUUUUUCUUUUCCUCCUUUCUUAGUAGUUCUCACUUUCCCUUUGCGUCAUAUGACGAUUCCUUAGUGGCUAGCCUUAAGGAAAGCUGCAGUUUUUGUGCAAGCCUUUAUAAAUUUCCCUGUUCGAUCGCAUAUGAAUAAGGCCAUUUUGCUUUUAAGUAAAAUCUUCUUUUAUCUA